AUGGAAGAAAAAAGACUCAAAGAGGUUUUUUUUUUUUUUAUCUCAAUGCAUUAAAUGUUUUUAGGAAGAAAAGAAGCGUUUGGAGCUCGAAUCGCAAGAAAAGGCCAAGAAAAUAGCCGAGAAGAGAAAAUCUGCUGCUGCACGAACAUCGAUGGACAUCGACAAGAAGGCGAAAAAGGCGCCCACACUUCAGCGACCUUCCCCGGCCGUCGAGCCCUCAGUUAUCGUGACUCCGGUUUGUAUCAAACAGUUAUCCCUCUCAUCUUUUUUUUCAGAUUGAUUGCCCUGUUUUGGCAUCGCCGCCUUUGAAAUCUCCAAGAACCCUGAACCCUCUGAAAACGGAGCAUCAUGUUCAGCUUGAACAAAAUCGUCCACAGCUUCUUUCACCCGUGCGAACUCACCCUCAAACGACUUUGCCGCCGGAUAGCAUCAGCCUUUUCACUCCCAACGAGUUGCCUGGCCCAAGCUUCGUUUCUCCCGUUCACCCGGCAGAACGGAAACAAAAUGUACACGCCGUUAAUUUCGAAUACCUCUAUCUAUACCUUUCAGAUGAAUAACUAUGGCCCGAGGGGAAAUUUCCAGCAACAGCAGGCGGCGACACCAGCAGCGCCUGUAGUCCAACCACAAAUGGCCAACUUGGAAAAAGCCCAGGUUUUUAAGAAUUUUCGUGAAAUCCAGAAAAAACUUCAAAGGGAUCUUUCUUGAAGAUGUGUCUUUAUUUAUAGCGCUAAAGCAGUAAAAAAAGAAUUUUUGUAAUUUUUUUGCGUCUUACUCCUUUUUUUGAGAAGAUGAAUAUAAUUUUUUUCUUUUUUUAAAAAGUUAUUGGAAAAAAAGCAAAAUUAGCUAAACCACACGCCAAAAAAAGGAACUUAUGAAAACUUUGAAAGCGUCCAAAAUAGCGAUGAAUUAAUUACAUUGUUUCAAAUAACUUUCUGUCCAUUUUUUUCCUUCCUCGCAAACAUUUUUUUGGGCUUUUGUAAUCAUAACAUUAAAAUCGACACAAUUUUUUUCAUCAAAAACAUCAUCAAAUAAAUUCUUGAAACAUAUCUUUUUUUCACAGAAGAAAAGUUUCAGCCAAACACCUUUGUCCUUCGUCUUCCUCCUGGAGCUCAACUUACCGUUUCGCCGCAACUCUUGCGCAGUAUCCAAGAACAGCAGCAGAUGCAACAGAGACAAUUCCCAGGCCAACAGAACUUGCAACAGCCGCAGAUGCAACAAGCUUUCAUGUCGCAGAUUCCUCAGCUCACUCAGGUUUUUUUUAAAUAUUCAAUGCUUUAAUCAUGCUUUCAGCUGGGUUGAAUAACGAUUUUUGAGUUGCAAUAGCAUAAUUAAAUAAUGCAGCAGUUAAACAGAGCAAAAUUAAUGACUUCCACAAGAAUAAAAAUCAUAUAUGAAAAGUGACCGUUGUCAAUUCUCACUCAACUAGGAAAACGUUUUUCCUUUCCUGGAGUAAAAACUAACAAAAAAAGUCGAAUUUGUUGAAAACUGAAAAUUUUCAGUUUUCUAAAUGUGCUUAAAGUAGAACCAUGAAAAAAACCGAUUGAUUAUUUUUCUAGAAGGUUUUCCAUAGUUUUUCUAAUUUUUUUACAAUCGUUUUUAUCCAGUUUUAACAACGGAGGUUUUUCUCAUUUCAUAGUCGGUUUCAGCUACGACUCCGUUCAACCUAAUUUUUGGAAAAACUGCCUCUUUCAAAAUGAAAGAUCUCACAUGAUAAGACUGGAAAGAAUUUCGGUGUUCAUCCUUUAAGUGUCAAAACUAACUUAUGAAUGAAACAAAACAUAACUAUCUUGGAGAAAAAACUACUCAAAAAAGUGAUUUUAAUCAAAAUGCGAUUAAUUUUUUCUAACCAUUUUUUCCUGUUCAGUUAUAACCAACACAUCACUUAACAAGUAUAUGAAAAAACUCCUGAAGGGGUCAUUUUCAGCAUGGUCAACACCAAGAUCAGCAAAUUCAUGUUGCAAUUCAGCAUGAUCAACCUUGUAUACUCGAAUACUCCGAAGACGUAUUGAAAGUCAAAAUCCUUCUAAACAGACUUUUCAAAGCUGAAAAGAAAAUUUCAGGAUCAUCGGGAUGCUAUCAUGAAUCAAGCCAACGACUUGUUGAGCACUGCGAACGUUCUGGACACGCAUGGAAGACAGCUCGUUAUGAAUUUCAUGCUUGGAGAUAGAAGUAAGUCGUUUGACUAACAGGAAAGAUUUAUAAAUGGAAUGAGGUAUGAAGGGAAAAAUUGAAAAGAAAAACAUGUAAUUUGGCAAACUUCUCGGAAUUCCCGUUUGCAGAUUCUAUACACUUUGAAAAUUUUAAGAAAAUCCUUCGAAAGUGAAUUUAAAAAAGCCAGAAUAUUAUUCUAGUUUGAAUCAUUAAAUCAACAUUUUCAGCGAACCCACGUCCUGAAAUGGGCAACGUCAUCACUUUGAAGCUGUCUGAAACUAUGGAGGAAUCCAUGACAGCCGAGUCCGGUCUCGUCAAGACGAAAGUGGAGACUUUCUUCCAGGUAUACAUUUUUUAAGUCCGUCAAAGUAGCAUAUUGAAAGUAGAAAAAACGUUGUUAAUUUUAUCAUCAUACUUUUGGAUCCUCGAAAUUUUUUUCAGAUGGACUUUCUGGCUGGAGAAUGGAAAAGGCUCAGAAAGUGCCGCGUGCUGACGCAUCAGGAACUUCUCCAACAACAACAUCAACAGCAGCAGCAACAGCAGCAGCAACAGCAACAGCAGCAGCAACAGCAACAGCAGCAGCAACAGCAGCAUCAUCAAAACCUUCAAGCUCCCGUUCAACAGCAGCCCAUUCAUCUUCAGUCUCUGCAUCACCUUCCGAUUCCUCAGCAGCAGCACCACCAGCAACCAGUAGCCGUCCAGAUGCAGCCCCAACAGAUGCAAAUGCAAAGAGUUUCACAGCAGCCUCAGAUGCAUUCUCAGAUUCAACCCCAUAUCCAGCCUCAGAUCCAGCCUCAGAUUCAGCUCAAUCAUCAAAUGAUCAUGCAGCCACAGCUCCAUCAGCAGCACCACCAGCAACACCAGAAUGUUCAGUACCAACAGCAACAUCUUCAGCCCCAACAGGUCCAGAUGCCUCAACAGCUUCAGAAUUACUCUUACGGCAACUAUCAGCAGAUGCAGCCACAACAGCAGCCCCAGCAACAGUUUCAAGGCUAUUGA